AUGGUUAUGAAUCUUGGCGUGUGGUUGAAUUUUUUUUAUGAGAGUUUGACUCCUCAAAUUCGUGAAUUUGUAGAAAUGAUGUCUAAUGGUGAAUUUUUAAACAAAGAUCCAGAAGAAGCUUUUAGAUAUUUUGACCUAUUAGCUAAAAAUGCUCAAUCUUCGGAUACUACUGAGCCUUUGACAAAUUCAAAUAAAACCAACUCCUCUACAAUUUUAGGCAGUGGUAAGUACCAUUUAAAGGAUGAUGAUGAUUUGAGUGCAAGACUAGCGGGUUUAACUAGAAGACUAGAGGCCAUGGAGCUAAAGAAAUUCAAUGAGAUCACAACUUUGGCCAAAAUAGGAAAUGUCUUUGGAAUUUGUGAGGCCAUGGGACAUCUGACAUAUGAGUGUCCAACUAUUCCGACUUUCAAAGAAAUUGAGCAUGUCAAAUCUAUUACUACUCUUUGCAGUGGAAAAAUUAUUCAUAAAACUAUUCCUACGAAGGCCACAAAGCCUAAGAAUGUUUCAGAGACCAUUAGUGAUGAUAUUGACAAAUCCAACCCAAGUGAAGAAAUGAAGUGUCCUUUUCCUGCACAUUUUCCUCAAAGAAUUCCGAAUGUGGAUGAUGAUGAUACUAUGGAGGUAAACAUGAUUAAGACUACUAUGCAUGAACAAUUUUCUCUCAUAUCUUCUAUUGAUCCUCUUGAAGCGGGUCUGACCCAUUUUAAUGAUUUUGACGAGGAUAGUGUGCUUAAUUCUAAUUAG